AUGAGAAGCAGGCAUGAGCUGCUGAAGCUUUCCUCUAAUGAGGCCCUGCUGGGACUCCUGCUCGUGUUGUUGCUGGGAUUGCAUGUCCUAGCCGUGUGCCCCUCCGUGUGCUCCUGCAGCCAAAGCCACAGGGAGGUGGACUGCUCCUGGAGGGGUUUGAGACAGUUGCCCGAUGGCCUGCAGCACAACCUGCAUUCCCUUAACUUGUCCCAUAACCGGUUCCACAACCUUGACGACCAGCUCUCCUCACAAUCUCACCUCCGCAUCCUCGAUUUGUCUCAUAACCGGCUGAGUCACCUGCCCACCAGCCUGCCUCGUUCCCUCUGGCAGCUCUAUGCCGCCUCCAACCGCAUCCAUUUGCUGGACAAGAAUGAUACAGUCUACCAGUGGAAUCUGCGAACGCUUGACCUCUCCAGCAACAACCUGGAGCGGGCCAUCUUCAUCAACAACACUCUGAUCAAUCUGUGCACGCUCAACCUGAGCUACAAUCACUUCUGGACUUUGCCCACCAACAUGCCUGUACACCUGGAGAUUAUUGACCUGUCCCAUAACUUACUUGUGAAGGUGCUACCAGGAUCUUUGGACCGCCUUUCCAGAUUAACUUACUUCUAUCUGCACGCUAACCGCUUUUCCACGCUGCCCUCCGGAGUGUUGGACAAGACGACAUCACUUAGACUCAUCACUCUGGGCGACAACCCUUGGGACUGUCACCUUUAUGCCGACAUAAGCUACUUACUUUCUUGGAGUCAGCGUACCCCUGCCCGUGUCCUGGGCUGCCCCUGUCACACCCAGCCUGUCUGUGGAGGGUUACGCCCUAGCAGGACUGGAGGCUGGCACUUUGCCUCCUAUAACCUGCCCCCACUGGCAGCGAGUGCACAGGAAAUGAGCACCAUGCCCCAUGAGGCUAGGGUCACCGGGUGGUGGUACAUGUCUGUUUCUGCUCUGCUAAGUACCACUAAGGAGACCUUGAGCACACAGCACCACACUUUCACAACCACACCUAUCAGCAUCUCCUCCCUGCCAGUCAGAACCACAGGCACCCACCUAACUAUAAAUCACCUUUCUGCCACCACUAGCCCAGCUGCUGCAGAUCACAUGCUCCACACGGAUUCUAAUUUCAUCUCUGGCACAGAGAAAACCUCUCCCAGUGACUCACUCCACACCACUGACACAUCCGCAAUUUCCGACACAAGCUUCAUCGCUAAAACGCCCAUCAGAGCUUACAUGACGCUUCCCACGGACCGAUUCUUCACAACAGAGAGUCCUUCCAUCCGAACAAAGAAGACAACCACUCUUCGUACCAGGAGUGUGAGGAGGCAGAAUCAGUCCCCUCCUAGUGGCAUCGGCAACAGCAGCCCGGCCCACGCUACCUGCUCCUCUCUCACUUUCCUACAUAACCUGGGGCUUCUGUCUCUCAUUCUGCAACAUGUAUUUUGA